AACACACGGAAAAUUAUGUGCAUUGUGAAAGCGUUGGGGGAAAACACACACACGACUUUCGGACACCAAUAUAUUUCACUCUUCGCUCUAAUUUAUGUGCUGGACCAACAGCAGUAGGCAGCUGAGGUUUCGAUAACCUAAAGUUGAGACAAUCUGGGCACAGGAGAGAUUUUGUAAAAAUGAUAAGUGCAGCAUUUGAAGCAUUUCCAACGGAAUUCACUGUUUUCGACGUGAAAAAUUGAGCAACCAACGGAAACGCAAAAUGCCUGCUUCGACCUGCAAAAAUGGCGAAGGCACCCUGAGCGAGUCUGAGUAAUAUUACUUCGAGGCGCUGCGACUCAAAGUGCGCGGCGGCGAGAUAAAGGUGGUGGGGUCCAGCCGGCGAGAGGCUCAGCCCCUGAGGAACGCGCGUGGCUCUCGAGGGUGGGAGAAGAUCUAAGCGAGCCGCCGCCGCGAGAGCCGAGUAUGUACUGUGUGUGUCGCGCGGCGGUCGGUGUGACAGACGGACAGGUGAGUCGGCCGCCCCAUGAUUGAUUUCGGCGAUGCCGCGUCCGAGCCGAGAGUCGUACGGCGACCAGAAGCCGCCCUACUCGUACAUCUCGCUGACGGCCAUGGCCAUCUGGAGUUCGCCCGAGAAGAUGCUGCCGCUGUCCGACAUCUACCGCUUCAUCAUGGAGCGCUUCCCGUACUACCGUAAGAACACGCAGCGCUGGCAGAACUCGCUGCGCCACAACCUCUCCUUCAACGACUGCUUCAUCAAGAUCCCGCGGCGGCCGGACAGACCUGGCAAGGGUGCCUACUGGGCCCUCCACCCCUCCGCCCUGGACAUGUUCGAAAACGGCAGUUUUCUGCGCCGCCGAAAACGCUUCAAACUGAAACCCAAGGAGGCGCCGCCGGUGGCGCCGCCACCCGCCCCCAAGGCCACCCCCGCCACCUCCUGGAAGGGCAACAAUUUCAGCAUAGAAAACAUCAUGUCCGACUCAUCGCCACCCCCGGCGCCGCCUCCAGUAGCCGUCCCGCAACCCAUGCUGCCCCCAGCCUUCUUCUGCCCCCAGCAGUUCCUGCCCCCGCUGCUCGCCUUCCACCCUGCCUUCAUGGCCGCAGCAGCGGCCGCGGCCGCCGCCUUUUCGGGCGGCCCCCAGCAAUUGCCCCUCAAACCGCAGCCCCUGCCCUUUCCGCCUCACCUGAUGGCCCACGGUCUGCUGCCCUACAGGCCGCCCCCGCCUCUGCCACCACUGCAGAGGACGGAGGCCGAAGACGAGGAAUUGUCUUCGGCAUCUUCGGACGUCUCGCUCGGCAGCCCCAACAGCAACAACAGGUGUUUGGUGACGGACGUGACCUGACUGCGCGUCGGCUAUAGGUGAAGUUGUUACAAUGACAAUUUAAAAACUCAAGUAAUUCUCGCUUGUGAUCUCCUGUUGCUUGCUGUGAAAACCGAUUCCAAACAAUCGAAAAAGAAAAUAAUCGCCACCUUCUCUAUGGCCAAACAUUUGUUUAAUAUAUAGGGUGGGUUUGAGAAAAUUGUUAAUUUAUUGUUUAUUUUUGAAGCCAUCAAAUUUUAUUUGGAAUCAACAAAUUGAAAUUUAAAGUUGGUGAACAAUUAAUUAUUGAUGUAGGCGAAUUAUCAUAGGAAGCUUUAAUAUUUUUAAAAUGUUUAAUUUCUGUAAUGUAACUUUAUUUUUCACAAUUAAACAAUAGCAACCAAAGAAUGUCUUCAAAAAUUACUAAAAGUGCUCUCAAUUCUCUAAUUUCAAACAGUGGCGUAAAGUAUUUUAUCAAAUCUGUUUUACUACAAACUUUUUUGCCUUUCAGUUCUUCAGUUGUAAUCAGCGUCGCAAUAACUGAUAAAGGCCUAUUUUGUUUGUUAUAUAAAUGUGUAUACAUGGUGUGUUUAGCGCAAAUAUUUAGAUAGAAGAGAUGCUUUUUCGUAUUAGCCGAAAGUCUCAAGCACUGUUUACUUAUCAAUAGGAACAUCAUUGUUUUUAUGUUUUACGUGCGUUUCUCGUAAUCUUUUUUGCAAAGUCUAAUGUGCGGGGAAUAAAAGUGAUAAUAACUGACACUUCGUUUUGAUAGCAUCGUUGAUAAACAAUGCAAGAGAAUUCUUGUGAGCAGCAGAAAUGAAUAAUAGCACAAAAAUAAAUAUUGCUCUUUGUAGCAAACUCUCCCAUUUUGAGAUAAGAGAUAUUAGGAGAAUCUAUUUAUUUAAGACGUUUGUAUGAAGGUAGAUGUAAUUUGUCAAAAUUUUAUGAGAUUAGUAAAAGUAUUAGUUUUGUACAUUGAUGAAAAAUGUUAUUGCCAAGCGCCUGGUCACCGCAAUAAAAAUCUAUUUAAAAAC